AACCUGGCUGCCUGCCCGCGACUGUGGGAGUGAUGCGCGGUAAGGAGAAGGUGGUGGUGGAAACUGGAGAGGUGGUGAUUAAAGGGCGUGGAGAAGGCAGGGGUCAGGCAUGCAUGUGAAACCAUCUGCGAGGGCAGAGAUGAUGCAAUGUUGAUAUGCUGGGGAUACGUUGCUUGUAGCUGGCGAUUUUAACUUUGUAGCUGAUCCACAGCACGACUCGUCAGCCGGGGAGGGUGGACGGCAGUAUGACGCAGCCAUUGCUAGACUGUUUCAGGAUCGAUGCCAGGAUCUGGUUGAUACUCACAGAUUCCUCCAUCCUCACAGGAGAGACUUCACUCACCUGUACAGGGCGCCACACCAUGGCGGGUCUCGUCUGGACAGGGUUUACUCUUCGUCAGCCCUGCUGCCGUUUGUGGCCCAUACCAGUGUUUCGGUCUCCACACCGUCGGAUCAUCGGGUCGCAACAGUGCAGCUGCUGCCACGUGUUAUGGCUGCACGAGGUCCAGGGGUUAGACGGGUUCGUACCUUCUUCACAGCUCAUUCCGACCUGAGGCAGAGUAUGGAGGAUUGGAUUGUGCAGGAGGAAACUACUAUGCCAUCACGGGAGGAUCUUCCAGCCACAGUCAACUGGUGGGCCGGUUUCAAACGCAGGUUGGCUGCCGCAGCAAAUACCCUUAGCCGGGUAGCUCAGCGGCGGCGGCGAAUGCCGGGUCAGUCACUCCAGGAUGCCAUACGUGCAGCACGCCAAACGCAGCAAUCAGCAGCGGGAAGCAGCAGUACGGCGAAUCUGGAGGAUUUGGUUGAGGCUCAGGCUCGAGUAGCCAUUGCAUCACGGGCUGAGGCGGCUCAUGCCGCUUACGAGUCUAGGGUUUCCUGGCUUAGGGUGGGGGAGCGGCCCAGUCCAGCUAUUACUGCAGUGGUCAAACCGCCAGCCGCGUGCCACACGGUCGCGGCGCUGCAAGACAACGUGGGGCGGUUGGUUUCUGCUCCGGGCCGUUUGCCGCAACUGGUGGCUGAUUACUGGAGGGAUAUUAGUUGCAAGUCUUCGGGUUUGUCGGUGGAGGCUAGUGAUGAGGUUCUUAGUGCUGUACGCACGCGGAACUUGAGGUUGAGGGACGAGGUAGCAGACAGAGUGGGUGAGUCUCAGGUCUCGGAGGCGGAGGUGCUUGCGGCUCUUAAAGCAACGCCGCUGGGGAAGGCCCCGGGGUGGGAUAGGCUCCCUACUGCUAUCUAUAAGGUUUUCAAGGGGCAGUUGGCCUCGAUUUUAGCCAGAGUUUUCUCCGCCAUAGGGGAGACAGGCUUGUUACCGGUUGGUUUUCUAGACGGGGUCAUAAGGGUGUUGUGGAAAGGUAGGGGUGACCGUACACUAGCCGGUAAUUACCGUCCUAUUACUCUGUUGUGUACAGAUUAUCGCCUUCUUGCGAAGGUGCUUGCAUCACGCGUUGGACUGGCCCUAGCUGACGUGAUUACUUUAGAGCAGUCGGCGUUCCUUCCUGGUAGAUUAAUUGGCGCAAAUGUGCUUUUUUUGCGUACACUUCCGCAUUUGCUUACUCACCAGGGGCGUUCCGGCAUGGUAGCUUUCUUGGAUUUUGCUAAGGCAUAUGACACCUUGGAUCGGGCUUUUCUGUUCUCGGUCAUGGAUGCAAUGGGGGCUGGGGCAGGCUUGUUGAAGUGGGCUAAGCUUCUGCUCAGUGACACGUGUGCUGUGGCGGUUGUUAACGGCUACAGGUCGCAACGGGUGUGUAGUUGAGUAGGACAGGAGCAAGCAAUGGGGAGAGGUUCGCAUGUGAACCGCGAGUACAGGCAAAACAAAGUUGACCGAACCUGAACCGUAAUACAGAAAACUGCGUAAUUGGCUGUUGCUGGAUGUAAGAAGAGUGGCGAG